GAGGAAAUGAUGAUGCUCUUGAAGCGAACGGAUAGUGAAGCAGCAGAUAGAGCAGCUUAAUGACUGUCUUACCAGAAAGCCAUUGUUGUAGGCUGUUUGGCUGUCAAGCUGAGAUUUGUCUGGCCUGCCCGUGUCACAGAGCAUCGGCCUUGUCUCAGACCCAGCACAUGUCUCUACCACAUCUUCCAUUUCCAUCUGCACACCAGAUUGUGUCAAUGGCGGAAACCCGCCCAUUGUCCAUUCCUCUUCAAGUGCCCAUGUUACAAUACACUUAGGGACAAGAAUCACCGUUGCAAUUGAUGGACGAAUGCAGACCACGACCAUUGGGCUGGAAUCCUUGGACCCCGUCCUGCAAUCGUGGUGCUUAUUUAACAAGUCCGCCUUCGUUUGCCGCCAACGCCGAAUUCGAACGUUGCCUCCGAAGCUCUCUGGACGGAAUAGGACCGCCUGCAUGCCGGCCAUAUUGAACCCAGUCGCGUUCGAACACGACUACAUGCGCACCUUGUCAUGACCCGUCACUCUAUACAGUAGUCCGCGAUACAUACCUACUACCAACCAAAGUUCUCCAUCUUCGAUUUUUGCGCAAGCAGCAGCAGCAGCCGCCAGGAACCGCCCCUCUUUUUCAGGGUACCUAACGCUUCUGAUUGAGGUAAUCCGCAUCUCAGGGUCUUGUUCCGUAACCUUCAACCCAACACCUCAUCAUCCACCCGCGCCCGAUACGCGCCUCCAUGUCUCGCGAGCAACCGUGAUGCAUGCUACCCGCGCAUCAUCGAUUGGGCAGCUUCUACAUCGUCCUCGCCGUCUGCAAGCACUUCCCGUCACGCCACCAUGGCGAGCCACGUCUCAGCGGCAGUCGAUGCCGAAACUGCUUGUGACGCCGCAUAUCGGCCUCACUCACAAGCGGCACUUCAGAGCUGAGGCGCUCUAUCUACCACCGCUCGUCUUCACCGGCCUUCUGCUCACUCUGUGGACGCAAAAGUGUCUCGCAAUGAUCAUCUUCCAGAACAAGAUCAUUUACAUGCCAGGCCUGCCACCCAAUGCACGCAGGGAGCGCAUCCAAGACUACGCGAAGCAGUGCUGGGGCGUACAGUGGGAGGAGAAGAGGAUCCGCGCCGCCGAUGGGACGGAUCUAGCCCUCUGCGUGGCCUCGGCGACAUCGACUGGUAGGAGCAAGACCACGUCGCUCGACGAUACUCUAUCGGUGCCGUCCAUCUACAUCCUCUACUUUCAGGGAAACGCCUCGUCCAUUCCCCCACGGUUGCCCGACCUAUCGUGGGUCCUACAGUCAUUGCAGCAGAGCAAACGGCCUGCGCGAUACACAUUUGUGUGUUUAAGCUACCGUGGGUACUGGACGUCGAGGGGUCGUCCCUCCGAGAAGGGCAUCAACCUGGAUGCGCGGGCGGCUCUGCACUGGAUUGGGCGGGUGCACAGCGAGCACGCCGUCAAUGGGCACCAGCCCACGCCGGAGGUAAUACUCUGGGGUCAGAGCAUCGGCGCUGGGGUCGCCACGAACCUCGCCGCGUGGGAGGCGUUCCCGCCCACGUUGCGGCUACGGUCGCUCAUCCUCGAGACACCUUUCACGUCCGUCAAGGACAUGCUAGCGACGCUGUAUCCCCAGAAAUGGGUGCCGUACCGUCAUCUAUGGCCGUUUCUCCGAAAUCACCUGGACAGCUGGACGAACCUAGCCACGAUCGCCGGGAACUGGUCCGGGUCGAGGAUCUGUGAGAGGCCUCGCAUUACGAUAGUGGAAGCUGGCAGAGACGAGCUAGUGCCGGCCGAGCACGGCGCGAAGCUGGUCCGGCGCUGCGAGGAGGUCGGGCUCGAGGUAGAGAAGAAGACGGUGCAGGGCGCCUUCCACAACGAUGCCGUCAUCAGGCUAGAGGGACGCAGAGCCGUCGUCGACUGCAUUGAGCAGGUUGCUGCUAAAAUCUGAUGGACACUUGCAAUGACAUCAAGUGAGGUCUGUCAACGGAUAGCUAAGCAGUGGGUUCGCACGAAGCUGUCACGGUGACACUUCGAGCUGUAAAUGUUGGUCAUCCUGAAAUGGGCAAACUUGAUUGGCGAAUUGAAUGAGUACAUGGCACUGACGAGGGAGCCCUCGGCGUUCGAGUUCGGUUUGGAUGUCGGACUGGGAAGCUAGGAACCGCUCCCCGAGCCCCGGCAAACCGGUGCAAGGUUUAUUAGAGAGACGAGCGAUGGUCAGGGG